UGAAAUCGUGUUUCGACGGAGGUGAUCCAGACAGGGCUUUCCCCUGUCCGUAAUACCAACUCUUCUGAAAGCACCGUUACUUCAGGCUGUCAGCGGGCGAUGACUCAGGAGUGAAUCAGUGGCCAUUUGAUUGACGGGCGGAUCGCUGGGGAAACGAGGCCACCAGGGAGCCUGAUAGCAGGAGGGAAAGCGUCGCCACAGCGAUAUCGCCUUUCACUCCGUGAAAGGGGUCUUGUCUGUCACAACAUGGCCCCCACGCUGGCAUCCACCGCCAACUCGUUUUGGACAUAGACUCUCUGGACACACACACACACACACACACACACACACACAACACACACAAAACACAUAUGCACAGUGAUGGAAGAGAGAUACUGUAUUUUAAACAGCCACAGUGCCGAAAGCGCUAUUUUAAUACCCCCACACAGCUGCGUGAAUCUGUGGAGUUGAAGAGAAAGUUUCAAAUUUUGUGUUGAUUUUAAAUUUUGGGAUAACUGAUCCCUUAAAGAGUCCUCUUGACAACGACUUGUGGGGCUGUUGUUUCGUUUUUUUUGUGUUUUUUUUCUGGAACGUUCCCCCCCCCCCUUUUCAUGUCCGUUUGCGGUUGCCGAGGCCCGGCGUCUCCGUCAUGGCCCGCCCCCUGCUGAAGAUCCAGCGCUACUUCCGCCGCAAGCCUGUCCGCUUCUUCUCCUUCAUCCUCCUCUACCUCACCGCUGGCAGCCUUGUCUUCCUCCACUCGGGUUUCUCAGGCGACGGCGGUCCGGCAGGGGCUGGCCGGCCAGCCGUGCCGCCUGACGGAGGGGUCCCAAUGUCUGAUGGCCGCAGCCUGGGCCUCAUCAGGAGGGUCUUCAAGGACACGCGGCGGGCCGCGCGCCGGUUCGGUCCGCCCUGGAUGAAGGCGAGCAGGUCAGAUGCCUCUGUCUGGACAGGAGGAGAGGAGCGCAGCAGCAGGGGCAGAGCAGCGAGAGGGAGGAGCGGCAAAGAGGUGGAGGAAGGGCGAGCAAAGUACAUCGGUUGCUACAUCGACAACACACAGAAAAGGGCACUACGAGGAGUAUCCUUCUUCGACUACAAAAAAAUGACGGUCUUCCGUUGCCAAGACAACUGUGCCGAGAGGGGGUACAUGUAUGCCGGCCUAGAGUUCGGAGCGGAAUGUUACUGCGGCCACAAGAUCCAGGCGGCAGAUGUGUCCGAGCGCGAGUGUAACAUGGAGUGUAAGGGGGAGAGGAGGAACCUGUGCGGAGGAGCCAACCGUCUGUCCAUCUACAGACUAGAGCUGAGUCAGGAGUCGGCCCGGCGAUAUGGAAGUGCCAUUUUUAAAGGAUGUUUCAAGAGGCCGGACAACAUUACUCUAGCACUUCCUGUUGGCGCUCUCAUUCAGAAUAUGUCUGUUGACAAGUGUGUGGACAUAUGCACAGAGAAGGAGUUCUCACUAGCAGCACUGGGUGGAGACAACUGUCACUGUGGUUUCCCCACCACUGUCUUUACCCUACACGAGCCAGAGGAAGAGGAGCUGUGCCUUCAUCGCUGCGCCGGCGAGGACUUUGAGAGCUGUGGGAAUGACGAAUACUUUGUAGUUUACCAGACACAAGUGCAAGACAAUCGAUGUAUGGAACGUCGGUUUCUGCACACCCGUUCUAAACAGCUGACAGCGCUGGCCAGCUUCCCUGGUGCAGGAAAUACUUGGGCUCGCCACCUCAUAGAGCUGGCCACUGGAUACUACACAGGCAGCUACUAUUUUGAUGGCUCACUCUACAACAAGGGCUUUAAAGGAGAGCGGGACCACUGGCGCAGUGGCAGGACCAUCUGCAUCAAGACCCAUGAGAGCGGCCGGAAGGAGAUCGAGGCCUUCGACUCCACUAUCCUCAUGAUCCGCAACCCCUACAAGGCCCUCAUGGCCGAAUUCAACCGCAAGUACGGUGGCCAUAUUGGAUUUGCCUCCCAGGCACACUGGAAGGGGAAAGAGUGGCCAGAGUUUGUGAAGAACUAUGCCCCGUGGUGGGCCUCCCACACUCUGGACUGGCUGAAGUAUGGCAAGAAGGUCCACGUUGUGCACUUUGAAGACCUGAAGCGGGAACUGUUCUCCUGCCUUAAGGGCAUGGUCCUCUUCCUGGGCCUGGAGGUGUCUGAGGACCGCCUGCUCUGCGCUGUGAGCCAAAAGGACGGCAACUUCAAGCGCUCCGGCCUGAGGAAGCUUGAGUAUGACCCAUACACAGUCGAGAUGCAUGCCACCAUCGAUGACCUCAUACGGACCGUGGACUCUACGCUCAGGCAGGGGAACCUCUCUGGGGUCCCAGAAGACUACAGGCCUAGAUGACGCAUUUGAUUUUGUUUGUUUGUUUUCUUUCAGUCAGGUAAUGUGGUGAAACUCCCUGACUGAACCUUUUCUCUGAAGCUCGUGUUUUUUUCUUGUGUUUCUUUCUGUUACUAAAAAGAGGAUAUACAUGCUCUUGAAGGAGAAAAGUAACAAAAAGAAAACCACCACUUCUCAUUUUUGGACUGCAACUAUUUUCUCCUUUUGUUUUAUUCUCAGUAUUUUUAAUGCAGUUCACUUAACUGAACAGAAGUUGGUGUCUCAACAAAAGGUCAUGACUGAUGACUCGGUUAUCGCUGUGGGAGAACGCCGGGGAUGGGUGACGCAGAGCAGUUUCAUUGUGCUGCCUUCUCUGUUUGCAUGCAUGUAUACAGGCUGAGGGCAGGCUGAUUGCGUGUAGUAUCUUGACACUCAAUCAUCCACUGGGUGUCGAGCAGACACAACACCGCACCAUCUAUUCAAUAUGCUUUGCCGUUUUAACAGACAUGCAUUUUGGAUUAUUUAUGCUACUUAGUUGUAAUCUGGUUGUCAUUUCUUUUGUAACCAGACAUCCAUGAAACAGAAAAAAACAUACAGGUAACACUCUUAAUAGCCAUUGUUACAGUGUACUACACAAUCAAUCACGGUAUAGCAUACUGAGUAACAAUAUGCAGUUUGAUACUCUGUAUGCACUGAUAUUCUUUUAUGUAAGGUGAGACUGCCAGUGCAUUGUUUUGCAUUCUUACUCCAUAUAUUAUACUGUAAUUAAUGGUACAGUUACACUCAGCAGUGUAUGUAAAGGAUUAUUGAAAUAGAAAAAGAGAAUUAUUUAUUUCCUUCAAACAGAGCAGCAGAACUGAAGUAUGCAGAGCUGAAUAAACUUUUUUAGGCAAGAUUUAAAGUGUCAUUUGCCAUGGUGAUGGACAUUUGCCAUGGUGAUUCCAGAACAAACAAACAAAAACCUUGAAAAACGAUACCAAAGAAUCAGACCAGAUCAUACAUGUAGACUUUAGAACAACACUUAGAGAGUAUAUUAAAGCCCUGUCUGUGCCACAGAUCAUCACCAGUGUUCCCAGAAUGCAUCCAUUUCCACUCAAUACACUAUCAUCAGUACCACUGUGGAGGAGUUCACCAAAGCUUAAAACAAGACAUAAAGACCAUAUCACAACGUAGCAUAUUUUCUACCUAUAAAUAACUUCCACAGUGCUAGCAAAAUAUAAUGUGAUGUGAAAUGCACAUGCAAGAUGUUUUAGAACCUUUUCUGAAUUUUUUUUCACUGUGUGUUAAGAUGGCUGCACACACCGAAGAACAGACUUACACAAAUAAAAAGAGUCAGUGGAGAUGUAAGUCUACACAAAUGACUACUUCUCCUCUUUAGUCAGUGUUCAUGUUAGCUGACUGCUCAUAUUUUGUGGUGUGAAUAGUUCAACCCCAGCUUUGCUCUGUGUACACAGUGACUGACACUGUACGUAAUGCUGUUGCUGUGUAAAGCAAAGAAGGAAAGCUAUAAAAAUAUUUAUAAGAGUCUAUAUUCUGUAAAAGGAAAUAUUAGAAGCUUUAUGAUACAAAUGCUGCUUAUACCACAGAGCUUAACUCUCUCUCUCUCUUUCUCUCUUGCUCUUUUCCCUGUUAUACAAAAACAGUAUGUCAAUCUUUCACAGGCGCAUUGUAAAGAGCUCAGGGUCUAGGAUGUACUAUGUGUGCUUCUCGGAGGACAGUGCAAAAUGUAUGGGGAAGUCUUCAUCAGAGAGAAGGAACUGUGUCACUGGGCUCAACUCACCUCAAACAUGAAGACAGUGAUUCGUUAGAUGUAGAAAUCAAGUGCAAACACACCUGAUCAUCCAGUGGAUAGAAGUCCCAUACCCCUGUGGAUCUUAAAAUCCCUGGAUGUAUGAAAACUGUAGGCUGGCAAACACCUCGAUAAUAGCCGUCACCUUGGUUAAGACAUUGGAAAAUUACAGACUGUUAUUUUUACUUGCUGCUUAUCUUCAAGAGAGAAUAUUUUACCUUCCCCAGUGCACAAAAAUCCCCUAAAUUAUCAUCACAUGAAUUAAAUGCAAAUAUGUGGUUUUCUAAUUGGACUGGAAGAGAAGUAGUUUUCAAAAUGCUUGCAGGAAAAGAAAGCGGCCCACAAAUUUGAAUCUUUUCACCUGCCUCUGACUGUAUUUUGCUUCAUUUUAGUCUCCUAAGGCUACUCAUUUUCUCUCAUGGCACCUUCUUGUGCUACAUGGUCUUUCAGGAAGACCACUCACAGUGCAGUCCUGUUACCCAUUCUUUUAAAAGUUCCUGCACCAUUUCUGUGAGUAGUCCCAAGGUACUUUAGUAUAUAAUGACAUUGUGGCCUAUUUAUAGGGAUUUCCUCCUCAUUUUUACCUCUGAUCCUCUAUAAAGCAGUGUGUCUGUGUGUGUAUAUUUGUGUGUGAUUGUCUGUGUCAUCCUCAAGCUAUAAACCCCUUCUCAUCAAAGUAGAACAAUAUGAAUUUGUAUGAUUGAGUUCAAAAUGAGUGUGUGUGUGUGUGUAAGUGUGUGUGUUUGUGUGAAAUUGUGAAAUGUAUAUAACCACAUCUAAAUGUGAACAAUUAAAUAUAAUUUAUUUCAUACACCUUAAAUUCAAAAACAAAAAUUGUAUUUUUACCAGUUUGAUUUGCUGUUGAAUGUUAUGUAUAUCAGAAAUGAUUUGUUUUAUUUUUGUGCUUUAUUUUUGUGCUUUAUUUUUGUGCUUGAAAUAAUUCCCAUGUUCAUUUUGUCAUAAUACAAUGUUAGGUUUCCACUUUGUUCAUGCAAUAAUUCGAGAGGAACUGGUGAGAAUAUGGUUCAUAUUUUGUGGCCUGCUUGAGGGUCUGUGUGUAGAAUGUACAGGACAGAUUACGGUGCCCCUUAAGUGAGAGGUACUACACUACAGGUUCUCAGUACCCAGUUGUUCAUAUUAAGAUUACAAAAUUUUGCUUAAAACACAGAAAUGCAAAGCUAAUGGUUGCAUCUCUUACUGUCAACACACACACACACACACACACACACACA